CACGAAACUCAAACACUCCUCCAAAUCAUUGUAUUAUAUCUUUUCUUACCAGUUUAAACAUUGUUUACAGUGGACACAUUCAAACCAUGUCGAGUCGAAAAUCUGGGACAUGGCUCUUGCUGAUACUUGUGAUAUUUCCAAUCUUCUUUGAACCAUCAGUGUCCCUUCUUAACUCUCGCUGUGAAGCUAAGAAGAGACAAAUGCGGGAGAAAGUUCGAAAAAUGUUCUAUCAUGCCUAUGAAAACUAUAUGACAUAUGCAUUUCCGCAUGAUGAGCUAAAGCCGAUCUCGAAAUCUCAUACCGACUCGCUUAGUGAGCUUGGAAACUUAAAGCUUGAGCACUUGCCACAAGACUACAAUGGAUCUGCCCUUACACUCAUUGAAUCAUUGUCCAGCCUUUUUAUUUUGGGCAACUACACGGAGUUUGAAAGGGCAGUCUUGUGGCUUUCUGAUAACCUAACAUUUGAUGUUGAUGCUAGGGUAAACCUAUUUGAGUGCAACAUAAGAGUUCUUGGAGGACUUGUAUCAGCUCAUCUUCUUGCAACUGACUUUUCGAACAGGUUGUUUCAAGGAUCUUAUAAUAAUCAGCUGCUUGUUCUGGCUGAAGAUUUAGGGCGACGCUUCUUACCUGCAUUCGCUACACCUACUGGAUUGCCAUAUGCCUGGAUUAACUUAAAGUAUGGAGUCAUAGAGAAUGAAACAACUGAAACAAGCACUUCAGGCUGUGGUUCUCUAAUUCUUGAAAUGGGAGCAUUAUCACGAUUAACCGGUGACCCUAGAUAUGAAGCUGCAGCUUUACGUGCUCUUCGGAAGUUAUGGAGCAUGCGCAGUUCAUUAAACUUAUUAGGAACAACAUUGGAUGUCAGAACUGGGGAGUGGAUUGAGUAUUCGUCUGGGAUUGGAGCUGGGGUUGAUUCAUUCUAUGAGUACUUAUAUAAGGCUCACAUUCUGUUUGGGAAGGAGGAUUUUUGGAGGAUGUUUCAUUAUGCUUAUCUCGGUGUGCAGAAAUAUUUUAAACACGGCCCAUGGUACCAUGAAGCAGAUAUGAGAACUGGGACAGCAACUUACUGGCAACUGACAAGCCUUCAAGCGUUUUGGCCAGGUUUGCAGGUUCUGGUUGGUGAUAUUUCAGCUGCCAAUUCGUCACACCGUGAAUUUUUUUAUGUGUGGAAUAAGUUUGGAGUGCUGCCAGAAAGGUAUUUGCUGGACCUUCAAAUGAUACAUCCUACGGAGAGGUAUUAUCCAUUGCGGCCUGAAUUUGCAGAAUCCACUUUCUACUUAUAUCAAGCAACUAAAGAUCCAUGGUAUAUACAAGUGGGUGAAUCAAUUGUUAAUGCUCUUGAAUUAUACACCAAGGUGGAAGGAGGUUUUGCCAGCAUUAAAGAUGUGACAACUAUGCAACAGGAAGAUCAUCAGCAUAGUUUCUUUCUUGCUGAAACGUGCAAGUAUUUGUAUCUUCUCUUUGAUGAUUCAUUUGUGGCUGAUCGGAAUUACAUAUUUACAACUGAAGGUCAUCCUCUGCCAGUCUCAAGUGCUUGGCAUGAAAGGCUUCCAGAGACAUAUAUACCUUCGAACUGGACUUAUGUCAAGAGUGGACGGGAAGCGAAACGAGCAAGUGCAAUGUCAUUGCAAGUCUGUCCAGCAAUGAGUUUAAGCGAUGGUGAGCAACGGAUUGAGAGUGCUUGUCACAUCCCUGACACUCAUAGUGAUCACAGGUGUUACUCUGAUGAGGAAUGCGGAGUUGAAUCCACUAAUUGUAGAAGAAGAUCGUGCAGCAUGGCCGGCUACUGCGGGCUAUGGUUGUUUAUAUGACACGCUGAUACGAAUUAUAAUAUAUUUAUCAUGAAAUACAGCAAAAUCCUGAGGAAGGAAAGGAAAAGACUAGACAAGUUUAUAAAUUUUGAAUGAUGCCUUGACGAGAAAGAAAGUAAUGUUGGUCAGGCAUUUAUUAAACAUCAGUUAGAUUAAAUUGAAGGGGAAGAACAAGUUAUGUACAGAAUUGGUACACAAUAAUGCUUUUCUGUAACUUAACAACAGUGUAAAAUUGGAUUUUAAAUUAGUAAAAAAAUACAAUAUCGACCUA